CCAAACUGUCAGCUUGUGUUAAUAAUUGGUUUGGGUCGGAGAGCAGCAGUCGGUAUAAUUAUUAGAAGUUCAAAGUGAAGUAAUAGAGGUAUAAAUAUCGCUCUUAAUCUCACAUCCAGUGCAUUCAGUACCCAUCGAGCUGAAGGAGGCAAACCGAUUACAACUCUCCAAGUUUACAGGACUGCCUCUUGCAUUAUUUGGUUGUUAUUUUGCACUCGAGACAUUUGUCUCCUACUACCGAGCGGGUAGUGGAUUUUCUUUUCGACAUUUUUCUUCACGCUGUAUCGUCGAUAUAGCCCGGGAGAUGUGGUGGAUGCUAUUCCCGCGGUGGAUAUGGUUUUUCGUUGGACAGUGCUUUGUCCUGCUUCCAGACAGUGGGGUAAAGGCCAUGUCCCUAACAAAAGUUGUGUACUCUCACGCGGGCAUGUGUCCGAACGACAUGAACCCGAACCUGUGGGUGGAUGCCAUGAGCACCUGCUUGCGAGAGUGUGAGUCUGAUCAGGACUGCGAGACAUUUGAGAAAUGCUGCCCCAAUGUCUGCGGGAACAAGAGCUGUGUGGCUGCGCGCUAUGUGGAUGUGAAGGGCAAGAAGGGUCCCGUGGGCAUGCCGAAGGGGGCCACCUGCGACAAGUUCAUGUGCACCCAGCAGGGCUCGGAGUGCGACAUCUGGGACGGCCAGCCGGUGUGCAAGUGCCGGGACCGGUGCGAACGCGAGCCCCACUUCACCUGUGCCUCGGACGGCAUGACGUACUACAACCUGUGCUACAUGGACGCCGAGGCCUGCUCCAAGGGCAUCUCCCUCACGGUGGUCACCUGCAGGUACCACCACACCUGGCCCCACACCAGCCCCGUUCCUCCAGAGACCACCAUCCGCCCCACCACCGCCCUCCUGGAGACCACGCCCCUGGACGCCCUGCCUCCCACGGUGGCCGGAAGCCCUGCCCACCAGUCGGUGGUGGUGGGCGAAACGGCCAGCUUCCUGUGCGAGGUGACGGGGAGGCCGGCCCCCGAAAUCACCUGGGAGAAGCAGGUGGAGGGGCAGGAGAACACGGUCAUGCGCCCGAACCACGUGCGCGGGAACGUGGUGGUCACCAACAUGGCGCAGCUGGUCAUCUACAACGCUCAGCCGCAGGACGCCGGCAUUUACACCUGCACCGCCAGGAACGCCCGCGGCACUGCCCAGGCCCACUUCCCGCUGUCCGUGGUGAAGAAGGAGCCCAUGGAAGAGGACGCGCUCACCAACUCCACCGCUUUCCCCUCCGAUGAGUGCCUGAAACCGCCAGACAGCCAGAACUGCGGGGUGGAGAACACCAGCUGGUACUACGAGGCCAAGAAGAACAACUGCUUCACCUUCAGCUACGGCAACUGCGACAACAACCGCAACCACUUCCACACCUACGAGGCCUGCAUGCGCGCCUGCGGUCUGGAGGUGGCCGGGGCCUGCGGCCUGCCCAGCCUGCAGGGCCCCUGCAAGGCCUACGAGCCUCGCUGGGCCUACAGCCUCGCCCUGCGUGCCUGCCAGUCCUUCAUCUACGGCGGCUGCGGGGGCAACGACAACAACUUCGAGAGCAAGGAGGCCUGCGAGGAGAGCUGCCCCUUCCCGCGGAGCCAGGACUGCAAGGCCUGCAAGCCCCGGCAGAAGAUGGUCAACGGCUUCUGCAAGAGCGACUUCGUCAUCCUGGGCCGCAUGACGGAGCUCACGGAGGACCAGGACUCGGGCCACGCCCUGGUCACCGUGGAGGAGAUCCUGAAGGACGAGAAGAUGGGCCUCAAGUUCUUCGGCCAGGAGCCCCUGGAGGUCACCCUGCUGAACAUGGACUGGAAAUGCCCGUGCCCCAAUGUCACCAGCACCGACAGCCAGAUGAUCAUCAUGGGCGACGUCCACAACGGCAUGGCGGUCCUGCAGCCCGACAGCUACGUGGGCGUGUCCAGCGCCCGGCGUCUACGCAAGCUCCGCGAGGUGAUCCACAAGAAGACCUGCGACCUCCUAAAAGAGUUUCCCAGCGUGCAGUAGCCCUGCCUCCUGGAACCGCCCGGAAAGGGUUUGCCUGCGUUCCCCGCGUUGUUCUGGAGAGUAGUGGUUGAAUUUUAAAAAGUAGUUUUGAAACUAGCUCUAUGUAUAUCUUAUACAGUAUAUUCUUUCAUUUUCUGAAAGAGGUAUCAGCUUUCCUAGUCCUCAAUUAAAAUGAAUGAAAAACAAUUUAUGAAGAAUAUGCAAGAUUUAGCUGCCAUAUUCCAUUCAGUAUAUUUUAUAAUCUGUGGUUCUUGAUUCUUUGUGUUUUCCUGACAAAUUGGUAUACAAUGCAAUACAACAUCAACAACAACAGCAAUUAUAAUGGUAAUGUAAAACAUUUUAAUGCUGAUUCAUUAUUUGCUAAUAAGAAGCCAUUCCAAUACUGAAAAUUGUAUUUCAAUAUUGGCAAAUGUCAAGUUUGUCAUUCUGAUAUAAACAAGUUCAACAGACCAUAAGGACCAAUACUGUCAACUAUCAACAGAAUUUUCUCUUGACUGUCUUUAUUUGUGAAGUAUAUUUUUCUAUAGUAAUGUAUAGCAGUUAAGAAAUGUGAUAGUGUGUGAUUAUUUCCCGACAUGGCUGACACCAGCCCCUACAUGACUUCAGCAUCACAAGGAUGAAAACAUUAAUUUGAGGGCAGAAGCUGUCAGAGCUGCAGACAGUAUCCUCUGAAGUUUACAGUCUCAUCAUGUGAGCUCAUUGGCCCAUUAUGACCUGAAAUGGAGUGUGCCUGGAAAAGCCUGGUUUUAUGAACCCUUGCAUGAUUGGCUGCAAAAUGAAUUUUCCCUAGGUUGUCGAUGCAAAUGAGAAUGACAUUCUUAGUUUAGAUUACGUGGUUAGAGGUAAGAAGUUCACAGACUACCUGGUUAAAUCGUGGUAAAGUAGCUAACUUCCAGGUUAAAUAAUAGUUUAAAAAAAACACAUGAAUGUUGCAGUCAUGUUCUCCUGUUUAGCAAUGGGAGAGGAAUGGAUGUGAAGAAUACAAAAUAUCUCAGCUGUAACUCAACAUGUGAGAGCUGGUCUUGGUCUCUGUCUGACUGAACAGUAUGUUUUUGUGUUGAGUUUGCUUUCAUAGGAUGUCAUCUGGGCGAGCGGGAGGGGGUCACAUAACAUUUUGGACAUAAAACCACAACAUUUAAUUCCUGAGUCAAAUCCCCCAUGAAUCUAAUCUGCCCUCUCUUUAUUCAUAAAACUGGCCCUAGUUUAUAGUACAAAAUGCAUUUUCUACUGGGCUACAAAUUUAUAUAUUUUACAGUAGCUACCAAUAAUUAGACCAUUUGGUUUGUUAAGAAAGGAAACAGGAUUGAUUUUGUCAAUGAAUAUUUACUUUACCUUAAAUUGUUCUGAGAUUUUCUUUGCACAUGUGAAAUGACCUUCUGCCUUUCAUGUUUUAUUUUAAACCUGUUGUUGCACCUUGGCAUUGAUGAUAUCAAUUGCUAUAGCGUAACUGUGGUCCCCAUGCAGAUGAAAUGCAGUAUCCAUUAUGUAAUAUAUUCCAAAUCAGUGUUACUAAGUGUACUUAAAAUAUAAUGUGUUUCCUGAAAAUGCAGUUAUUUCCAUAGGAAAUAGGAACCAUAGGAAUCAAUUGGACGGACCUGAUAAUUAAACUAUAAAUUAAAGGCAUCUGUAUUUUUAUCCACU